CCAUGGCGGAGGAAUACGCCUUCCCUGUUCUGGUGGAGUUAGAAGAAAGCAACACACCRAGACUGAAAAAUAAGUUGGUGAAAUAUUUUCAGAGUAAAAAGUCCAACGGAGGAGACUGUGAGGUGGACUAUGAGUCCGGGAGCCAAACUGCGCUGCUGCGCUUCCGCARRGAGGAGGACCAGAAAAAUGUCCUGGGCAAAAAGACGCAUCAGAUCAGUUUGGAUGAAGGAGUGUUAAAGAUGACAGUCCACCUUCCUUCAGACGGAAAACAGAAGCAGGUUGAUUCAUCUGAUGAAGGCAACAAAAAGUCAGACCACACAGGGGCCAACAAACAAUCACCAAUUCAAGAACCCAACUCUGUGGAUGGUGGUCAGACGGGUCCAAAAGGCAAAGAUGGUGAUUCAGAUGAUGAAGAGCAGUGCUCCGAAUCGGCUGUUUUAGGAAAUAUUCCAGAUUCUGUAAACUCAGARUUCCUGGAAAUGCUGGUGGAGAACAUUUUGAGAGACCUAAGCUCUCCGACUGCCUCCCAGGAUUACAACCUGGAACUGAUCCCUGACAUCUCAUCUGCUGUUGUCACUUUCCAGAGUGGAAAAGAUAACACCGAGUUUAUAGAAAGAUGUCCUCAAAUCCGGAUGUUUACAAAGAAGAACUUAUCAGUCCGACCCCUUGAGACCACAAAAAAGGUUGUGGUUGAAGGAGUUUUGGACUGCAGUGAAGACAUCCUCUGCCUCUACUUUGAAGAUAAAGGCGGAGAGGUGGAAGAUGUUCAACUGGAUGAAGCUGAACAGUCUGCUGUCAUCACRUUUAAGAAGCACCAAGGUCACAUUUCCAAAUUUAUGCGACUUACCACAGUCAAAGAUUUACUAUCUUCUGUGUGCUUUGAUAGAUUUAAAGUCACAAAACCUGAAGUCAAGAAGUGUUUUAAGGAAAAAGAAUCGUAUUUUGUUUCCUUAAUUAAAAGUGACACUGACUGCCUAGUUCAGCUGGCAGAUAUCUCUAAUGAAGAAGACGACUUUACCUUAGUACAGGUACAAAAACCCAUUUACAAAGUCCAGACAAGUGAUGGAGUGGAAAUAGUGGUCUCCAAGGCCGACAUGUGCAGUUACUCAGUGGAUGCUGUUGUCAAUCCUUCUACUGAGGACUUGAAACACACCUCAGGUCUUGCUUUGGCACUUUCAAAAGCUGCAGGCCCUCAGUUACAGACUGAAUGUGACCAAAUAAUUAAUGUAAAAGGAAAUCUCCGACCUGGAAACUGUGCCGUAACAGUUGCUGGAGGAAUGCUUCGUUGCAAAAAAGUGAUCCAUGCCGUAGGACCCUAUUUUGAUCAAGCAAAGCCAAAGAAGGCUGAGGCCCAGUUGAAAAGAACUGUUAGAGAAAGCUUAGAACAAGCUGAAAAGUGUGGCUGUGUUUCAGUGGCUCUUCCUGCCAUCAGCAGAAGUCUUGGCUUCCCACUCAAUCUGUGCCUGGCUACCAUUACUAGAGCAGUGAAGGAAUACUGUGAUGAGAAGUAUGAUGACAACACCUUGAAAACGAUUCAUCUGGUGGACAAUGAGGACAGUGUUGCUCUUGGUCUGGAAAGUGCUGUGAAGCAGGAGUUUGGAAGUCAUGGAGUUAGUGUUUCGUCUCAAAAUGCUAUCCCUAAAGUUAGUCCGAAAUCUCCAUUACGCAAACUUAUUCCACCUGACACCAGCUUGUGCCGAGCGCAGACCAAAGAGGGCUUGAGCAUCGUUCUUAAAAAGGGAAAUAUUGAGGCUGCCAAGACAGAGGUGAUUGUGAACACUGUGGCAGAGGAUCUUAUAUUGAACAAAGGGGCAAUUUCAAAUGCCAUCUUCAGUGCAGCUGGAGCCAAACUUCAACAGCUGGUACACAGCCAGAAAACCAGCGGAUCACCAGGUGAGAUUGUUGUUACAGACGGCUGCAAGCUGAAGAGCAAACAAGUUUUCCAUGUAAUCGCUCUGAGCUGGAACAAUGGCCAAGGCACAGCUGAAAAGACUCUAGAUGGGAUCUUUAAAGAUUGCUUGGACCUDGCGGAGAAAGCUCGGUUGUCAUCUAUAACUUUCCCAGCUGUUGGCACCGGAAACUUGGGUUUUCCAAAACAUCUUGUUGCCACUUUGAUGCUGGAGAAGUUCUUGGAGUUCAGCAGCCAAAGACAAUCCAAGCAUAUUAAGAAGAUUAUAGUUAUUCUAUAUCCUGGAGAUGAACAGACUAUUCAGGUAUUCACUGAUGAAUUUCAGAAGAAGUUUCCCAGUACCACUGGUCCUUCAGCGACAGCUCCUGCACCUGCAGAUUCUUCAAGAAGUACAGCAGGCAAAUUCUCAAAAGUUGUCUCCAGUUCAGGAAAGCAUGAGACUAAACUGGGAAAUGUGACGAUUCAGGUAGUAACUGGAGAUAUAACAAAGGAGACGACUGAUGUCAUCGUCAACUCUUCAAAUGAUAGUUUCACUCUCAAGUCAGGAGUAUCCAAGGCUAUUCUGGAUGCAGCUGGUGUAGCUGUUUUAGAAGAAUGCCAAUAUCUUGGUUCCCAGCCCCAUCAAGGCAUGAUAAUGACUGUACCGGGAAACCUAAAGUGCAAAAAGAUUCUUCACCUGGUCGUUCAGUCAGAUAAAGGAAAAAUCCACAGUUCUGUAAAGGAAGCACUCCAAAUGUGUGUGAAGCACUCCUACACUUCUGUUUCAUUUCCAGCCCUUGGUACAGGUCAAGGCAAUGUGCAGGCGAAACAAGUGGCAGAAUCUAUGUUGGAUGCUGUGAUUGAUGUUUUCAGCCAAAACACCUCCAGUUCCCUGACUUUAAUCAGGAUAGUCAUCUUCCAGCAACCGAUGCUGAAAGAUUUCCACAGCAGCAUGCAAGAAAGGGAAGCUACUGAUCCAAAGGACAGAGGCGGAUUCUGGUCCAAGACUUUAAAACCUUGGUUAAACUUAAAACCUUGGUUAAACUCUCUGUUAGGAUUAGAAAGUGCUGACAACAAACUGGAAAACGAGACUGUCAUUGAGACUGUCAAAGUGGAGCCUGCUGUCUUCCAUAUCUGCGGUGCCUCACAGGCCAAAGUUGAUGCAGCCAAGAAGAAGAUAAACGACCUGAUAUCUGACGAACAAUUCAGCAUAGAGAUAGCGGACAACGACAUCUUGAACUUCUCCUCUGCAGACUGUCAGCGUAUUGUUGACAUCCAGGUGAAGUUGGGUGUGAGCAUCAAAAAUCAAAUCACUAAUGGCCAAGUCUCUGUGAUUAUUGAAGGUCUCAGUAAAGAUGUGGUUCGAGCCAAUCAGGAGAUAGCUAAUAUGCUGAAGAAAGUGAGAGGAGAGCAGGAGCUGAAACGGAAAUUGGAGCUGGCAGCCACUGUGGCAGACUGGCAGUAUCAGCAACAUGGGCUUCAAUAUCAGAGUUUUGAUCAGAUGACCAACUAUGAGCUUGAGCAUGCGUUGGAAAGGGCAGCACCCACUCUAAAAGUUACCAUCCAUGGGUCAGACUAUACAGUCCAGAUGCCUAAAGGACCAGCCACUGACAGAAAUGGAACCAUCCUGCAGAUAAGACGAAUUGACAGACUGAAAGGUGACGAUGUUCCUGAGUUUUGGGAUACCAUGCCGGCUGGAAAAACAUGUCAUGCCGUCCCUAUCCUGGAUGUUUCUUCAGAGUAUGCAGAAGUCAUCAAUCUCUUCAAAGGCACAUGUAAUCGAACCGUCACCAAGAUUGAAAGAAUUCAGAACCCUGCACUGUGGAAGAGUCUUCAGAUUAAAAAACAUGAAAUGGAGCAGAGAAAUAAUCAUCAGAACAAUGAGAAACGUCUCUUCCACGGCACCAGUGAAGACACUGUCCCCAUCAUCAAUGAACGUGGCUUCAACAGAAGCUAUGCAGGAAAAAAUGCUACCUGUUAUGGCAAAGGUUCCUAUUUUGCUGUGAAAGCUGAUUAUUCUGCACAAGACACCUACUCUAAGCCCAAUGCGAAGGGAGAGAAGUUCAUGUACCUGUGCAGAGUGCUGACAGGAGACUACACCCUGGGACAGAAAGACAUGAUUGCUCCACCAUCCAAAGGCUCCGGUGUUCACAUGUAUGACAGUGUAGUGAACGAUAUGACCAACCCCAGCAUGUUUAUAGUGUUUCAUGACAUCCAGGCCUAUCCUGAGUAUCUGAUCACCUUCAAGUAGCAACAYCYAGUAAAUGUUAAAYAYAAAUGYAACAUCUACCUAAUUUUYUUCCUGAAAUACUUCUUCUAACUUGCCUUAAGUUCACUUAAUUAGUAGUUUGUGUGUUAUGGCCCAUUUAGUGCCUUAAAGUGAUGCCUUAGUGUUUCAUAGAAAUUUUAAAAUCGGAUCCUACAAGUCAAGAGUUUCCAAAACAUGUUAUUUCCAUUUCCUAUGUACUGUAUACACUGUCUGACUCCUGUUCUAUAAACCAAUUGUAGAAGUUUAAGAUGAACAAUCAUUUCUACAUUUAAAAACGAAAGUAAACCUUAAUGACUGUUCCAGUAAAAGUCAAGAAUAUGUAAUGAACAACCAGGUGAUUUCACUGUUCACUUUUCUUCUAUACUUGAAGUAAUAAAGCAUUCUUGAAUA